UUGCUUUAGUUUAUUUUGCUUUUUUUUCUUGUUGAGGCUAUGCUCGUUACCCGCUCACAAUCUCAUGCGCGUGCAAUUGUGUCAAGUGCGCGCGCGUGUACGAUCGAUCCAAUACAACCGGACCGCGUAUGUGUCUCCAAAUUCCUAACCUUACUAUCGGAUUCGGUGGGUCAUUUAGUUAUGCAAGUUUCAUUGGUUGUGCAAUGGAAUAUACAAGGCUUGUCUCGCAGCUGAUACAAGCGAUAAGAAAUUAAUUAAGUAAUCAGUACACGCACGCACCCACACACAUAGACACACACACAAGCAUCGUUACUUGAAAGGGAAGAAAGUCAAACAAAUGACAAAUGUCAAAUAACAACGAUAAUACAUAGUGAGAAAACAAAAUCCCUGAUAAGCGAGUGUUCACAAACAGCUGAGAUCGAUAUGAUCACAAUCAAACGCCAUCUACGUUCACUAGUGAAACAGCAGGUGCGUGAGAUCGAUUGCAACAAUCGCCAGUGAGAUGAGAUCGGUUGAUUGCUCAUCUAGGUGUGUCGAAAGGUGCUACACAAAACUAUCAAUGCCAUAUUAUCGUACAACUUGACAGUAAAAAGUAAUUUCAAAAGCCUUUGAUGUGCAAGUAAUUCAAUAACAUCUGCGUGCAUAAAGUGUUUGCCUUUGUGAACCAUUUAGCAAUCAAAUAAUUGAAGAACAAACUACGGCCUAGCUUCCUUACAUCCUUUCGCUUUACAAAAAUGUUUCAGAAAGUCAGUGUGUAUUAAUUGUGUGCCCUUGUGUUUCGAAAGUGCAUGCUUUUGGAGCCUUCCCUACUCUUCAAAGCAAAUAAAAAAAAUCAUCAACUUCUUACACUCCUCUUGAUCAAGACGCGACACGCUCAACUAAGCGCCAUUGGAAAGCCUUCGACACAGGUGUGAGUGCAACCACUGCAAUCUGGUGAAGGUGAAAAGCAAUAGUGAGAUUGUGAUGGUAUUUGUGAAAAUUGGCACAACGGCACGCAUCCAAGGGAAAGUAAACGUAAAGCCUCGUACGAACCUAGUGUGAGCAAAGCAAAUGGUAGAGAAAAUUAUGCAGGGACAGAGAGUUACAUUGGAAAAGCGUUUCUAUAGCUCAGCUGUAGUUGCUGUGUUUAAUAUCAAUUGCAGUGCGGGUUGUUUGUACGAUCAUCUUUUCCGUGGCGUAAAAUUAAGUUGACAUUUACAAAACAAUUUUAGUGUCUUAAUUGACAACAUGAAGGAAUAGAUGUUGUAAAGCUUAGCCAUUUUCUUUGAACAACUGAAAUCAUAUGUUAAAUUUGUAUUUACGACGACCUUGUUGGAUUAUUUUGGGAAAAUACGAAAGAAAAAAAACACACUCGCCAGCAAGUAGAGAAAGCGUUCGUUGGAUGGGUGAAAAAAAAUUCAGCGGAUCAAGCUUAAAUAUAAUGAAGCCAGAGAAAACACAUGGAAAAUGUUACGUGCACCAAUGAAAAAGUUAUGUGAAAGUGAGAAGCAGUCCAUUUUGGGGUAGUGGACAGAAAAAAAAGUAAAAUACAAACGAGUACAACAAAUAGGUUGCGAGUGAAGACGAGCCAGCAGCGCUAGUUUAGCUGGAAAAAGAAAGCUACAUGUUUUACAUACAGAGUGAGAAAGAGAGCAAAUAGAGAGUGGUGCUACAGAUUGAAUCUCCAAUGCUGGAGGAAACACUAGCAAGUGAAAUUUCAUCGGCGAAGCAAAAAUGCGUGUUGAAGUCCCAAAGUUAUGCUAGAGUGAAAUAAAAACUGAACACAGCAUUAGAAAGCGGAGUGAGAGAGAAAGAGUUGUAGUAGUGUCCGAGGCUUGAAACACCGCAAACCGUUUACGCAGCAAAUGCGUGCGACUUUUUAUGCGUGUAUGCAUUGUACGGCGCUGUGUGUGAUUGUACUGUGAUUAUAAAGGGAAAAGUAACACAUCCUAGCAUAAUCUCUAGAAAUAAAAAAUAACCCUGCAAUUGGUGUCUUUUUCGGUAUGCGUGAUGUUGUGUGCAUUGUGUAUGUGAAUGAGGCGUUUCGUCGUUUCGUUUACCUUUGAGUACAGUGUAAUAAUGUGGAAACCAAAAUCCUUUCAUCCCAAAAAGCAGUUAACGAUCGCUUGAAUGUGGUGCCCUCCAGCCCAACAAAACAAAGCAGUACGCGCCCCCGUGAGCGUUUCGUCGCUUGAAUAUUGGUGCGAAAAGUCGUUCCUAAAGCCAAGCAAAGUGUUACAAUAAUAAAAAAAAUAAAUUAUAAAGCAGGCCGAACAAAACAGAAAAGAAAACCGUGCAGUGAAAAAGGAAGGAAGGUAUAAAAAAAGGUUCCCUCCACAAUCGUGCGUGCGGUUCCGUGUCAGGGUCGCUUACCGUGCACCACGAAGAGAGGGGCUUAGCUUUUGACGAGCCUUCCCGUCGUCGAGCCGUAAAGUUUAGUGAAGGUGUGGAAUCACUUUUGUGAGCUACAGUGAGCUAGCUAUUCUCACCACCUCGAUACCAGGUGGCGAGCAUAUGUGUG